AUGUCGCUUCUGGGUCUCGCUUCCCUCCUAUGGAUGAUAUGUUUGACUCUCAUACAGGUGCAUGGGGCACAAAACUUCUGGCCUGCAGCGAUACCACUUGCUGUACGCACACCGUACUUGAACUCGUGGGAGUACACGACAGAGACGUCUGGGAGUAGUACAAGCCACUGGCCGUCUUUCUGGAAUGGGGUGACUCUUGGGUGGAUCGGGUACCUUCGAGUGGACGAAAUCACAUACAGUCUGCUUGGCAGUAGCUACUACAUAACGGCUGGUCUUGUAGUCGAGACACAACUGACACCCACUCGUACCAUACAAAUCAUCGAAGCCGGCCCCAUGAACGUUACCUUGACGUUUCUGAGUCCUAUAGAUCCAUCUGACCUCGUACGCCAAUCUCUUCCAUUCUCAUACCUGGCCGUGGACUUCGCGUCCACCGACGGCCAGCCACAUGACGUACAGCUGUAUUUUGACAUUGACGGAGAAUGGCUGUCCGGUGGAAACUUAGCUCAGAUGAUGACAUGGAGUCCGCCGACGCAAACCGGUAGUAUCGUUUACCAUCGAUUGCAGCUUGUGCAAGAGUCGCCUUUCCAAGAGCAGAACCAACAAGCCGUAGAUGGUACAUUGUACCAUGCAAUGGGGCUGGUGCAAGGACGUAAUAUAACUUGGCAGACUUGCUCGAACAGCGUAUGCCGUGCAGAGUUCAUACAAACCGGUGGCGUUAACAACAACGACGAUAACAGUACAAAUCGAAACAUCGACGCCGACUGGCCCGUCUUCCCCAUCGCGGUCGAUUUUGGCAGUGUCGCCUCUUUGGACUCGCCGGCUGUCUGGGUAGUUGGCUAUGUCCGCGAUCCAAGCAUCAGUUACAAUUCAUCAGGAACUACCACAUCACUGCGUCCCUAUUAUACAACUCAGUUCAAUAUUACCGAAAAUGCCCUCGAGUUCUUCAUCUCCGAUUUCAACAACUCGCUGACGCAGGCAACAGUUCUUGACACGGAAAUCCGCAAGGCAGCUUCUAGCAUUUCUUCCGACGGUAAACUGUUCGACAUGAUCUCGCUGGCCACACGUCAGGUGUUCAGCGCCCUGGAAAUCACGGCUCCUGAUGACAUUGGUCAAGCGGGCGCCGCAACUAGGAUCUUCAUGAAAGACGUCGGCACUAGUCGUCGGGUCACUCCUGUGGAGAAGUUAUACGCAGCGUUGCCCAUGUUCUUGUAUUUCAACGCCUCGCUAGUCAAGCCACUCCUGGUACCUCUCCUUGAACAACAGAACACAUCAUUAGGUGCAUUCCCUUACGCAGCGAAGGACAUAGGUUCCUCGUACCCGGCAGUGUCUGGUCCGAAUCUGACAUCUCAAGAGGCAUAUGAACAGUCUGGGAAUAUGCUGAUCACUGUCCUCGCUCACGCCAAAUACUCAAAUGAUACAUCGCUGCUCCACGAUUAUUAUCCCCUGCUCAAGAAUUGGGCCGGAUAUCUGAAGCAAAGCGGGCUAUUUCCCGCGGGCCAACUAUCCAUCGACGACGGGACUGACGCAACAAACUCGACGAACCUCGCGUUGAAAGGCAUCUUCGCCAUUCAGGCCAUGGCAGAGAUCAGUCAACUAGUCGGGGAAGGUAACGAUUCUCAGCAGUUCAAUAGUACAGCGUCCGGCCUCAUGAACAUAUGGCAAACGCUUGCCCUAUCGUCAGACGGCGUCGUCCUUCCAACGCUUGACACGAAACUACAGAGCUCCUGGUCUUUACCGUACAACCUUUACACACAAACCCUGCUUGGGUUCAAUCUCUUAAAUCAGACAUGGCUUGACAAACUUACCGUCAAGUAUGGACAGUGGAUCGAGUCUACUGAUGCCGGCUAUGUGUAUGGAUUGCCGGUUCAAAGUUCCCCCGGGUCACUUGGCAAUGCAGCCUGGAAUGCUUUCAUCGCGGCUACCUGCACCAAUGCUACAGUCCGCUCGCAGCUUCUAGACGCAGUCUGGAAUCACGCGUCGGACAACGGGACGUCGACCCCAUUCAGCGCGGUGUACAAUGUCGAAAGUGGUGCCUACGAGAACGGAACAAUGAGCCCCGCACUGGGAGGACUCUUCGCCCCGAUCCUGCGCAGUAAUCCCGUCAAUAUCUCUGCAUUGCCUAGUCAGUCCAACCCGGCGACGAAGGGCGCUUCUGGCAGUGGCUCGGUCGAUGUUGGCGCGAUAACAGGCGGUGUCGUCGGUGGUGUGAUCGCUUUGCUUGCGCUCAUCGGGCUCGCAUUAUGGGUGCGACGACGACGACGACAGAACGAUUUCCUCCUUGAUACGACUGGCGCAAGAACAGAGCCAACACCCUUCGAGUCUGAGCCCGGUUUUGCGCACAACAGACCAGCUGUCGUGCUCUCGGAGAAACAGCAACGGGAACUACCCAAGGAAGGGGUACCUCUGUUACCCUCGAUGGGCUUGUCUUCCGCCGUGGUUGACGAACCACCGUCUGGCAGAAUGGCGGACCCAUCGGCGACGAGUAACGAAUUGGUGAGGACACGUCAAGACGAGUUAUCGGGGUUGUGGUCAUUGUUCGAGGAUCUGCGUAUGCUCAUGAUGAGUGUGCGCAUCGAGAGACCAGAGCCUUCGGACCUGGGUGCACCACCCGAGUAUUCAUGA